GACGAGGCUCCGAUCAUCUCGUAUUAUGUGCCCCUGGUUUUCAUCGUUGAUGGACUAUUCUUUCUGUGCAGCUUGUGCACAAUCAAGUUUCCAGUAUUGACUAUCCCAGUUGUGAAAGUUCUCGAAGAUUGCUAGCGAGAUGCCUGCACCGAUUCCCCAUCUGCAUCAUAAACCAACACUUCGACUCCAUCUGGACGACAUCAGCCAUCCGGCCAGCCAAGUCGCGUCUUCUGCCCUUGACAGUGGGCUUUUUCUCACACGUGCGAUCGAGCAUGUUCUUGAACACUUAUAUGUUGCCCAUGGGUCGGGUCUGAUCCCCAAGGUCAGAUCUGUUACAGUAGUUCUUCGGGGCAUGGGUGGUGUUGCCUACACCACCGGGCUGCAGCUGGAUGAUCUCCAUAAAGAAAUCCAUCUGUCUCUUGACUACGUGAACGGAGUGCUUUCCAGGAAUUUUGCAGGGGUAAGGCAUGAAAUAGCCGGUGUUAUUACACACGAAAUGGUGCAUUGUUUCCAGAACAAUUGCCACGGCACCGCUCCCGGAGGCUUGAUUGAAGGUAUCGCGGACUUUGUCAGAUUAAAGGCAGGUCUUGCGCCUCCACAUUGGAACAAAUCACCUGAGAACCGAGGACAGAAGUGGGAUGAAGGCUACCAGAAAACAGCUUGGUUCUUGGAAUGGUUGGAGGAUGAACAUGGCCAAGGAACCGUGAGCAGAAUGAACGAAACUAUGGGCAACGAGAAAUACGAUGAGAAGAAGUUCUGGCUUAAUCUCUUUGGACAUUCAAUUGAUAGCCUGUGGACGAAGUAUAAGAAGACGUGGAGUGUCAGUGACGAGCAUACGGCUCCUCGCAUGUCACGAGAGCCGAGCACGGAAUCGCAAUUAGAAAUAAUCAACUUGGAUGAGAAGGAGAAAUUGGAAGCGAGUGAAGACAGCAAAGCCAGAGAGUCUGGUCCCUAAGCCUCAGCAUCAAUCGAGAACACGUCUAGUUGACUUAUAUAUACAAGACGAUCUGGUCGCAGAUAGCCUUGGAAGGGAAUCACCUCUGGCGACAUGGGCGAAGAAUCGUCUCGAGGAUUGAUGAAAUCAAUGCAAUGCAACAGGUGCGAUCCCGCAAAUACGACAGCAACUGCUUCUGAACCAA